UUCUUUGUAUACUAUAUUAAUUUUACCAUCCAAUCCUUUAUUUAUAAGAUCAUGUUCACAUAUGUAUUCAUAUCACAUUCAUACCCAUGUUUGUUUCUAUUUCAUUGCAAGCAACUUCCUAAUCAUCAAACCUUUUAGUACGUAGUCAACUAUUAUAAGAAAUAAUAUACUUUUAUAGUUGGUUUUUGGUAAAUACAUGCUCUUUCUAUUCAUAGCUAGAGCUCUCCCUUUCCCUUCUUUUUGACCAUGAAAGUGCCUUUAUUACAUACAAACUUGAUUUCACAUGACACAUGACCUACUAGUCGAACUCAUGGUACCAUAUAUUAUAAGACCAAAAAUCAUCAACCUUAGAUUUGAAAAUAUAUACAUAUGAAUUAGUGGGGCAUUACAACUUCCACACAUAAACAACUUAACCAAUUCCAAACAAACUAGAGGACCAAAAAUCAUCCCAAGCCAUGUUAUUGGAAAGCCUAAUAAUCUCUCUUCUUUAUGUCUUGCUAAUUUCCUUUCCCUCCAAUACCAAUUGCCUCAUCUUAUCCCAUCAUCAUCAUCAUAAACACCACCCACUAAAUUCUUUGUUCAUCUUUGGGGACUCUAUUUUAGAUGUUGGCAACAACAAUUAUAUCAAUACCACUACUCUUGACCAAGCUAAUUUUUCGCCUUAUGGAGUCAAUUUCUUCCACUACCCCACGGGGCGUUUCUCUGAUGGUCGUGUCAUUUCCGACUUUAUAGCGGAGCGUGCUAAUCUUCCAUUGAUUCAACCGUACCUUCAACCGGGCAGACGACGAUUUUACUAUGGAGUUAACUUUGCAUCUGCCGGAGGUGGUGCUCUUGUUGAAACUUUCAAAGGCUCGGUUAUUGACCUUCAUAUGCAGUUAAAAAACUACAAGAAAGUGGAAAGAUGGUUUAAAAACAAACUAAGAGAUAAAAAAACAAAGAGGAGGUUUAAAAAGGCUGUGUAUUUUUUUGGUAUUGGAACAAAUGAUUACAUAAGCCUUUUUUUGACAAACUCAUCAACUCGAUUUACUUUCACCAAAUCUCAAUAUGUUAGUAUGGUCAUCAGCAACAUAACUUCCGUGGUCAAUGAUAUAUACAAGAUAGGUGGGAGAAAGUUUGGGUUUUUAAACUUGCCACCAGUGGGUUGUUUACCAGCCCUUAGAAUAUUGAAUUCAGAAGGAGAUAGCGGCUGUCACAAAGAAGUUACAAGUUACAUAAGGCUACAUAACAAAGCUAUUUUACAAGGCUUAAAAGAGCUAGAAAAGCAGUUACCAGGGUUCAAAUAUGCUCUUUUUGAUUAUUACACUAGUACCUUGCAAAGAGUCAACCACCCUUCCAAAUAUGGGUACAAGGAGGGGAAGACAGCAUGUUGUGGGACGGGCAAAUUCCGAGGAGUACUCAGCUGUGGAGGAAAAAGACCAGUAAAAGAGUACGAGUUGUGCAAUAAUGUGGAUGACCACAUAUUUUGGGAUUCUUUGCAUUACACGGAGAAGGCUAAUAAACAAAUUGUAGAUGAGAUGUGGAGCAACAUCAAUUAUGGUCUUGAUGAUUUUCAUCGUUCUUCAUAUACCAUCAAUAAUCUCUUCCAUUUACCAUAAUUCAAUAUACAUUAUGAUCAAUUAUUCAA